AUGCCGCUAAGGUGGGGGUGGGUAAACCAGUGCCACAGAUGGAGGCCAUUACACGCGCAAGACUGGAUUCAAGCAAAGUAGACCAUUUUCUAGAUUCUUAUACCAGCAGUACUGUCAGGAAACCGGUUUCCUUUCACAUGGGAGGUCUACCCUCUUCAGUAUUUUCUAUGGGAAAGCCAGUAUGCUGAUCACUGCCGGGUAUUUGCGUUUUCUGACCCUGAAGAUCAUCUCUGUGAGCAUGAACACACGAAAUCAUGUCAAAGCUGCGACAAUAUCAAGAAUGUUCUUGAGGAAAUAGAACUGGUAUUGUCAUCAAGAGACCUUCACUUCAGGUAGACGAUUACUGAUACCAUGUUCUAUAGUCUUCUUCUUUCAAAACCAAAAACCUAAACUUUCUUGCAGUCAAAACCAAAGAAAGAAGACCGAUUUCUCCCCUAACAGAUUUUAUAUUGUUCAGUUUAUUGUUGAUCGUUUCAUUUUACACAUGUAAAAAAAAUUCUUCACAGGAUAUUACGAAAAGAUAUAUAUUGUAAUUUUACCUGAUCAUGAAGAGUAAGUUUUCUAAGUGUCAUAUCUUAAUCACCUUUUUGCAAUUGGAAAUGGGUGGCUCAGGUGACUGAAAUCUACAGUUGUUUAUCCUCGGAAACAAUGCCGCAUUUACUUCAUUAAACAAAGGAUCAGGAAAAAUAUACCGUAAAAAGACGAGCAAAUGAUGUCGCCCUAAAACGUCAAGAAAUUAUAAUUACAUCGUUGAUAACAGAAGGAAACCAUCAACUUUUUUAUUUUGAUUUUUAGAUAUCAAGACGAAAAGGAGGAACUAGAGCAUGACAUUAGUAACGCUAUAGAUAAGAUUGAGCGAUGGAAGGCCCACAUCUUAAGAGCAGUAAACCAGGACGUAGCAAAGGAUGAUAUCCUCAACAAUAUGACGCCAGAGCAAGCUUUAAUUAUCAUGGAUUGGGCUAUGAAAUUCCUUCCGUUGAAGUAUAAGGAAACGCAAGGAGAGUGGUUUGGAAAGAAAGGCCUCUCUUGGCAUGUCACAGCCGUGAUAACAAAACCGAAGGAAGAGUUUGAGGUAUUUUUUUACAGGCAUAUCCCACAUCUGACUAUGGGCAUAUCCAAAACGGUGCAUGAUGCUCUGUCUGUCUCUGUAUGUACUACGCCGUUCAGUCGAAUUAUGCGCAAAUCCUUUUUUGACAACACGGAACUACACUUAUACGAAACGUAGGAAUUGCAUGCCGAAAUUUUAUCUUUUAACAGGACACCUGUAGGGAUCUCUUCUCGGAAGAGAUCCCUGUUUGUUGACACUGUUGAUUCUCGUGAGCGACCGUUUACAGGAGGUUUGACGUUAUAUUCCUUCAAUUACCAUUUCAGUUUCAGAUAUUAUAGUAGUCGAAUUUGUGUCCUAAAUAGAAGAAAUGCUGAGUUUUCUUCUUAUUUCCUGAGUAACAGUAGAGUUAUCCACAUUCACUUGCUGUACAAAAUACGGUAAAAGCAAUGUAUAAAUUAUGUAUUGACAGUGGAGGUAGGUCGGUGUCCGCGUGACAGGUUAAAAGCUUACACUGAUUACUUUAUUUGCACAUUCUACUGAGGAAAUAAUCCCUUGAAAUCUUUAGCUAUGAAGUGCAGGAAGAUACGAGGCAUAGUUAUAGUCAAGGGAUGAAACAACAAGUUGACAACAGAUAGGAUUAACAGAAGAGUAGGUAUUUGAGAGUCAGUGAGCUUUCCUGUUGUACUUUAUUUAACGUCAUGGAGCCGAUAGUGUAACAUUAUUUCUUAUGUUCAUAUGUAUAGGCAAGGACAUACGUUCAUCUGCUGGAUCACUGCAGCCAGAACUGGUUUGCUGUUGCAUCUAUUUAUGA